CAGUCCAGGAGGAGGUUAGAAAUAAAACUGCCAGGGCUGAGCGAGGGCAGAGGCUGUUCGGUUGGAGCUGUGGUCGGAUGCCUGAGGAGAGGAGAGCGUGAUUGAGGAGAGGACGGACGUCACUGUGUCUGACCGGAAUUAACCCGGGAGCAAAGGAGUGGAGGCGGAGCCGCAAAGCAGCGCUGUCAGCGGCGGCAUAGACAUAUCAGUGUAAGCCGCCAGUAUUAAGGGAAGAGACGCGGGGAGGAGCGAGACAGCGAGACGAGACUCCAGGGAGGAGCUAUACCGUUGGGCAGCCAAGGUCUCCGUGUGACGGAUGAGCGGCCGAGGUCCUCUGGAGAGGGGAGCUGGGACGUAGCAGCCUCCUGAGAAGGGAGAUAUCAUACCGCUGCCUCCGCUGUACUUAAACAUACAAUUAUACUUACCGUCGAAGGGUUCAGCAGGACGUGACUGACCUGGAAAAGAAGAGGAAGGGAAGAUGAACCAUGCCUUCAAUAGAGGAAGUGGAGAAGUAAUCAGCUUCUAACUAGCAUUUAUUUAGCACAGUUUAUGACAGCAUAUGGACAAGAUGGCUUUAACUUGGAAGAUGCUUUUGAUGAUGUUCCAACUAAGAAACCUAAACCUGCACCAAAACCACCGAAAAUCCCAGCACAUGGUUCAGAUGAUUUUGAUUUAUCUGACUAUUUUGAUGCCACAAAACCACCCAAGGUUGUCCCCAGACCUCCUCCUAAGAAACCAGAUGUGUUUGUCCCUACAACUAAGAAGCCACGACUUUCAACCAAUAAGCCACCAAAAAAGAAAGAUCCCAAUGAUUUUGACUUGUCAGAUGCCUUAGAUGACAAAAAUGAUCGACCUGUAGGAGGAGGAGGUGGAGGAGGAGGAGGAGGAUUUUCAGACUCUGAUUUGGAGGAUAUUUACAAUGAUGGCUACAGACCAGAUAAGGGAAAAGGUGGUGGAGGAGGAGGAGGAGGUCGAGGGUCUGCAGGAAAUGCUGGGGAAAGCGAUAACACAGGAAAUGUUGGGCAAACUGAAACCAUUGCAGGGGUAGCGGGUGCUUUGGCAAUGGCGCUAAUUGGUGCUGUGACCAGUUACAUCUCCUAUCAACAGAAGAAAUUUUGCUUCAGUAUUCAACAAGGACUUAAUGCAGAGUAUGUAAAAGGAGAACACAUGGAGGGCGUGGUGUCAGAAGAACCACAAGUGAAAUAUUCUGCUCUGGAAUCUCAGUCCGCUGUUCCUCCUACAGGAGACCCAUCUAAAGUGUGACACAACAGUCUUAAUAGGAUGCUAAAUUGCCACCUGUAGACAUUCAGUUUGUAUUUGCACAUUUUGGCUCUCUGCAGCACUGCAUAGUAUGUUGGCGCUAUAUAAUAUCCAAGUAUAAUUUAUAAAAACCGAUGCAAAGGAAACCGAUGAUGUUACCUAUAGUAACCAAUAAGAUGUUCAUUUUCUUAACCAGACUUGUAAAAGGACUGUUGAAAUAUUCUUGCUACGGCGCACAUCAACUUUUGUCUGUGUGUGUUCCACUACCACCAUUUAUUUUGUGUUUUAGUGUUUUUAUUUAUAGAGCUCAAUAGCGCAUUGUAAGCUUAGCCUCUGUGUCCCUCUUAUUGGGCUGCUCUUUUUACACAGUUUCAUGUUUACAUUGUAUUUAUAGGUAUAGGAAAAGGGCGCAAUGGCUAGUGGUUAGAGGAACGUGUGAGGAUAACAACAUAUUUACUUGCCUCUGUGAUAGGGAUUGUUCUGCUUACCUACUGUUAUCUUGUAUGGGAAGACAUCCAUAAGACUAGGCCUGAACCUUCAGUGUUCAGUUCCUGAGGAAUCACACCCUCACAAUGAAAUCAGUUUAUUAUGAAGAAGAAAGCCAUGUGUUCUGUACUGGUGGGCCUAAAUGCUUUCUCGCUGCACACGUACUAGCCUAUAUGUUACUUAUUUGUUAUUUCAUAGUCGUCUGCUGUAAAUACCAGUAUUUUUAUUGUUAGGUGGGAGAACUCUGUAUCUGGAAGGUGAGACUAACUCUAUGUUGGUGUGAAUGCCCCACAGGCAAUGUACCUUAUUGGUAUUAAAACAUGACUGGUCAUUCUCCCCUCAUAGAAUCUUGAUUUCUUCCACAUAAAUCACUGUUUUUUAUUUUACUUUGCCGAUAUAUAGAACAAAUCUCAUUUAAAUACUAUUAAAAUAAAAAAAAUAAAAAAACUGGAAAUCUAAAGAGAGACUGUUCUAGCAAUACUUUUUUUUGCACAUUUCUGGUGCUUUAUAUUAGCCAAUAGCCAGGUUAUUUGUUAAAGCGGCUCUUUGUUCCUGCGAAUGUGAGAAAAUUACUGCACAUAAAUGUACUAGUGAUAUCACAGUGUAUGUUGGAUUCCGCUGAUUGAUCAUCUUUAUUAGAUCAUACUUGUUGGAGAAAGUCAAAUGUUGAUAUAAAGAUCCGACUGACUGACUGACGGUCAUGUGACUUAUUAUAGUCAUGUGCCAUUAGACCAAUCCAUAAAUUACGUGAAAUAUUGUUAUUGGUUGGUCCUGGUCAUGUGACCACAUGACCAGGAAGUGUCUGUUCUUCCUGGCAUACAGAGGUACAUACAAUGCAGCCAAAAAGUGAUGGAUCAGCCAUAUUAUACGUAAUAAGUCACGUGGUGACCUAAUACAGCACUGAUUGUGCAUUACUGCGUUGUCAUGGUGCCAGAGUCUAAAACCACAUAUUAUCGAUUAUAUUCUUUGGACCCCAAUACAACUAGUAAUAGCCCCUAUGUACAGUCUUUGGCAAUAAAGUUAUUUAAUGUCAUUUGUUUCGAAGCAACCAUAACCUGCAAAUCGUCUUUCACAUGGUUUGACUUGCCAUUGUGGUAAUAGUGUCUAUACCUAAAUGUUGUUGCCUUUAUAAUUGGAUCGUUCAGAUUUUAAACUGAGUUAAAACAGGGAAAACCAUAAUUUUAUAGCAAUUCCUAAAACGUAUGUUUAGGUACAGUAUUCUUUUCUCUCUCUUUUUUUUUUUAUAGACUUUUAGAUUUUUUUUAAUAGACUUUUUAGAUUACGGGGAUCAACCAUUAUAGGUAGGGUUAGCAAUGGUCACCCUCACACAGACCCACUGUAGCACACCAUCGGAUGUGUUUAUUCAGACCCAACAGCGCGUCUCGUAUAGAUAUGAACCAGCAGCAAGCAGUACCUUACUAAAUACUUACAUAGGAGCGAUGGUUCCUUCAUGAAUACUACACUAUAAUAUUACACUGUUAUGUGGACUUUCUAAUCCUGGGAGCGAGUCAUUUUAUAUUGUUAUGGGAGAGACAUAGGGCCUUGGUAGAUUCAUUUACAUAGUCAAGUUAUAUUUAAGUUGCACUGUAACAACAGAUAAUUGCUUCUGAUUUUUACAUUAUACACUGUGCGGAAUUGUAGAACACAGUGACCUAUUGUAGAGCAUUCUUUAAUAGCGCUAGACAGAGUGGUUCUAAGCUAGGUACACACUAUACAAUUAUUGGGUCAAUUUCCAAUAAUCAGGUGAUUGGCCCUGUUUAUUAUAUAGUGUGUAAGAAAUAAUCGUUUCCCCAAUAAAGAGAAAUUUUGCCCACAAACACGCACCUACAAUUAUCCAUCCGAUUGGUCAGUCAAGAGCCGAAAAUCUUGGCCUCAGUCUCCUGAUAUCCACCAGUGUGUGUGCAUUCUCAAUAAUCUGCCCAUAUGUCCAGGUGUAAAAAUCGGGUAAUGUGUGAGUAAACCCAAUAUUUUUCCCUUUGACCACUGUAACGAGAAAUCGGCUGAUUUUUUAUAAAUAACAAAAUAUGUGUAGCACAGAUAUCAGGACUUUCCUCUAGCCGAAUAAUUGGCCCAAUUGUCGUCCGGAUAAAAAAAAAAUCGGACAGUGUACCUAGAUUUACAGAUAGCUACCGGUUUGUGGCUGUAUCUGUGGUUGUCGCUUAGAGUGAACAUAGUGUGCACUGCAGCCUAUUAGAGGAUAUUGGGGGUAAUUCCAAGUUGAUCGCAGCAGGAAUUCUGUUAGUAAUUGGGCAAAACCAUGUGCACUGCAGGGGAGGCAGAUUUAACAUGUGCAGAGAGAGUUAGAUUUGGGUGUGGUGUGUUCAAUCUGCAAUCUAAAUUGCAGUGUAAAAAUAAAGCAGCCAGUAUUUACCCUGAACAGAAAUAAAAUAACCCACCCAAAUGUAACUCUCUCUGCAAAUGUUAUAUCUGCCCCCCCCCCAUCCCUGCAGUGCACAUGGUUUUGCCCAACUGCUAAAAAAUGUCCUGCUGCGAUCAACUUGGAAUUACCCCCAUUGUCAUUUAUACCAGACACUGUAUUGCUGGUAGAUCAUCACACAUGCAUUGAUGCGUGAUAAUAAUUCCAUCACACAUGUAUGAUAUAUUGGUAUGUUGACUGCUACCACCAGGCUGUGUGUGUGUGGUUGCCUUCCAACCCACAUUUUAUAGUGGCUAAUAUUAGUCAUUUGGAAUCAUUUUGCACUUUGCCACAUAUACAGCCAUCUUUCCUGCACUCUUGUUAAACAUAAAACAGGGGCUUGACUGUAUUUUAAUAAAUUAAAAAUAAUGAACCUUUACACUGCAUUUCAUUACUCAUUUUAGAUCAUACUAUUAUGUCUAUUUAUUGUAGAUUUUUUUUUUUUUUAAAACACUAAAAAUUUAGUUAUUGACAGCAGUUGUAGUUAUAAGGAGGGGCAGCCCAACAUAUGGCAAAGGGGCAGUUUCUAGUCUAGAGUGAAUAAUGUAACAUUUCCUACACUGGUUUAUAUAUGUGGAAUUAUUGUAUAAACUGGCUAGAUUCUUUCUUGCAGUUAAUGUCUGGUGAUUAAUCUUUGUCUGUUCACUAUAAUUUCCUAGCGCAGGAGACCUUCUUGGCUAAUUGGAUUACAGCCAAUUAUUGUGUUGGAGUGCAUUGAGACGAGUAGUAAGAAUUCACCUAUGCCAUUAUGCAGGAAUAUCGGUUUUUGUUCAGAGUACUAGUUUUAUGAAUGCAUCUCAUUUUUUUUUUUUAAACACAUUUCGCUGAGUGUCUUUUUAAUGAUAACUUAUACACAAUUUGAGUCUCCCUUUAAGAGAAUACUGUAAUGAUGAUUGUCUUUUCCUAUAGUCCUAUGAUGAGAGCUUGCUUUGUUACAAGGACGUACAGCUGCUGUGACUGAGAACUGUGUUUGCAGUAGUUCAUCAUGGCCUCGAAUCGGAUUCUACCGUCUUGCUCUUUUCAGAUCUAAUUCAAUGUUCACAUUUACAUAUAGAGUUUUUAAGCAAGCAUGUUUUAUUACUUACACUGACUGAUGGAUACUGGAAUAUGCAACUAAUUUGUAGUCUGUACGUGCAAAUCUAAUCCUCCACAGGAACAUUGCGACUGCUAAAGAAAUGAUAUGGAUGUGUAGUUAGAGAAUCAAUAGUCUGCGUCUUCUCACUCAAGGAGCAGGUCACCAAAUGCAAUUACUGGGAGUUUUGUAAAACUGCUUCUGUCUAGGAUGUUAAGCAACUACAGCAUAUCCAGCUAGUUAGAGGUGGAGGAAAUGAAUUAUGAUGCAUACUGAAUAAACUUCUUAUAAGUGUUAAA